AUGAAUGUAUCUAUAUUUACGAAAUCUUUGUCAGAAGCUGCUGCAGAUUUUGUAAGCAAACUGUAUAGUUUGCCCGAUUUAUCUCGUACUAAUGUUCAAGAACUGUUAAAUGCAUUUACUAUUUUUUUGCAGACUGAACCGUUUAAUAUGUUACUAAAUGAAAUGAUUCAAAAAUGUGUAUUCUUGGGUGACUCAUCACAAUCGAUUCAAGUCUAUAAAGGAAUGUUCAUUCCAUUGCGCAAUGUCUUAAAAGAAAUUUUUAAACUACCAUUUAUUUUUAAUGAUUCUAGAGAAUAUUUGCAAAAUCUAGAAGAAAAUGAUGUUCUUAUUAAAAAUGUCGUCCAAAGCGAAAGUUGGAAAAAAAAGAAAGCUACACUUGGUGAAAAAUUAGUUUUUCCGAUUUUUAUGUACCAAGACGAUUAUGAAACAAAUAAUCCUCUAGGUAGUCAUAAAGGUUUAGGAAAAAUGGGAGCAGUAUAUAUUGUCAUGCCAUGCUUACCACCACACUUAUCGUCAAAAACUGAAAACAUUUUUUUACUGACUUUAUACAAGUCCAAUGAUCUUAAAUAUCCUAAUCAAAUAAAAACCCGCUUUAUAAAAAUGUCCGCCAGUGAAUCACGAUGUAUUCUUGAAAAUAUUGGUGUAUUGAUUGGUGAUUGGGUACCUAGAAAAAAUCUUCAUUGGCGAUUAGUUAUCUUAAUAAAAGAAAUUUUUGACAUUGUUUCUGCUACUGUAAUUCAUAAAGGUAUUUCUUAUUAUUUAACUAACUUAAUCGGAGAAUACCUACAUUUGUUAUCUAUUUUAUUUCCCGGAUCACUGAAACCUAAGCAUCAUUACAUGCUUCAUUAUGCCACAAUAAUGGAACGCAAAGGUCCAUUGUGGAAUAUGAAUUGCAUGAGGCCAGAAAGUAAAAACCGAGAUUCUAAAAUAACAUCUCGCAUAACUCUUAAUCGUACCAAUAUUUCAAAAACGCUUGCUAUUAAAUCGCAGUUAAUUUUAAACCAUCGAUUGCGGAAUAGAUUGGUUAGUAAUAAACUGUAUGAGAGUAAUAAAUCCACAUUAAAGUCAGUACCCGAAUUACAAGAAUAUUGUUCAUAUGCCAAGUUAUUAUCUUUCUCACACGGUGAGAAAUUUCUGUAG